GCGGGCAGUUGACAAUCAAGUUCAACCGAAGUCGAACGGCGAGUGGCAUCAGUUUCGGGGUGAUCCGGUUGGACAGCUCUUGGUUCUGGAACAGUUGGCGACAGACGGGCAGGCGAUGUGGAAUGUUCUUUACGUGGCUUCAGGUGAACCAGGCUGCGACGGUAGUCCUUUCCGUUCACUUCCACUGUGUACGAGCGCUCGCUGAGGCGGUUGGAGAUGACGGCAGGUGUCCACAGCUUCGACGUUUGCGGUGUCAGCUGCACGAAAACCGGAGACCCAGUUUCCAGCUCAGGCACAUUCUCCACCACCUUCGGAACCAAGUUCGCCGCCGUGCUCGGAACGCCACAUCGUGUUGAGCGUGAAAACAGACGGGCGACGGGACUGGACCCAAUCUUGUUUGGGAUGUUCCUCCAGUGCAACAGGGCGAACCAGAAGUCCGUUCCCGUUUCGUUCGCUUUCGCAAGCAGGCGCUUGGCAAUCUUGACGGCGGCUUCGGACGUACCGUUUGCUUGCUGGUGGUGUGGCGCUGAUGUUACUAGCUCGAAGUCCCAGUCCUCAGCAAACUUCAUCAUGUGCUUGUUUACGAAGUUCGUAGCGUUGUCGGUUAGCACCCUCUGCGGCUUUCCAUGUCGAGCAAAGUUUUCCUGA